CUCAUGAUUUGUUCUGCAAUAUUUUCUACUCUCUGAUUUUUAAAAUAAUCAUCAAAUCCAUCUGGCGAACAUUAUUUUGCUUGAUGAGUUAACGUAAAUAUUAUCUAAAAAGCGUUGCUUGAGGUGAUGCUUCCACGUCUUCAAAAAAGAAUCUGUCCUUUUUAAAAAAGUUUCUCUGUUCGUUUCUUCUUCUUCUUCAUCAUCAUCUAAAAGCUUCUAUCUUUCUUCUCCGGGUCGUCACCAUUUGAGCUAACUUAGCCAAAGCUGCGAUCUUUCUUCUCUGGGUCGUCGGAGAAAUCAUGGGCAAUUGCUUUGCCAAGAACCAUGGACUGGUGAAGCCUCAGCAGAACGGGCAGACCAGAUCAGUCGAAGGAGAUCCACCGCCGUCGUCGUAUACUCCACAGACUAGAACCCAGACAACGCCGGAGAAACCAGCCUCCGGGACCAACCAACCGCCGGCGUGGAGAACGGCGUCUGCAGGGCAAGGACCAAGCCCCACCAAAGCGGCGAAGAGCAACAACUCGAUCCUAGAGAACGCUUACGAAGACGUGAAGCUGUUCUACACGCUGGGGAAGGAGCUAGGGAGAGGGCAGUUCGGGGUGACGUAUCUCUGCACGGAGAACUCGACGGGGAAGAAGUACGCUUGCAAGUCUAUCUCCAAGAAGAAGCUGGUGACGAAAGCCGACAAGGACGAUAUGAGGAGAGAGAUUCAGAUAAUGCAGCAUUUGAGCGGGCAGCCUAAUAUCGUGGAGUUUAAAGGGGCUUAUGAGGAUGAGAAGGCUGUGAAUCUGGUGAUGGAGCUUUGUGCCGGUGGCGAGUUGUUUGAUAGGAUCAUUGCCAAGGGGCAUUACAGCGAGAGAGCGGCUGCUUCUGUGUGUAGGCAGAUUGUGAAUGUUGUCAAGAUUUGUCAUUUCAUGGGUGUGUUGCAUAGAGACCUGAAGCCUGAGAAUUUCUUGCUUUCUAGCAAAGAUGACAAGGCGUUGAUCAAGGCUACUGAUUUUGGCUUGUCUGUCUUCAUUGAAGAAGGAAAAGUAUAUAGAGAUAUAGUUGGGAGUGCAUACUAUGUAGCUCCUGAAGUCUUACGUCGAAGAUACGGGAAAGAAGUUGAUAUAUGGAGUGCUGGAAUCAUAUUGUACAUUCUACUCAGUGGUGUACCCCCGUUUUGGGCUGAAACCGAGAAAGGGAUAUUUGAUGCUAUAUUGGAAGGCCAUAUCGACUUUGAAAGUCAACCAUGGCCAUCAAUCUCCAACAGUGCCAAAGAUUUGGUGCGUAGAAUGUUGACUGCUGAUCCAAAAAGGCGUAUUUCUGCCGCUGAUGUUCUUCAGCAUCCGUGGCUUAGAGAAGGUGGAGAAGCAUCGGACAAGCCUAUUGACAGUGCUGUACUAUCAAGGAUGAAACAGUUCAGAGCAAUGAAUAAGCUAAAGAAACUUGCUUUAAAGGUCAUUGCGGAGAAUAUCAACACUGAAGAGAUCCAAGGAUUAAAGGCGAUGUUUGCUAACAUAGACACAGACAACAGUGGCACAAUCACAUAUGAAGAACUGAGAGAAGGUUUAGCCAAACUGGGAUCUAAACUCACAGAAGCUGAAGUGAAGCAGCUCAUGGAUGCUGCUGAUGUUGACGGGAACGGGUCAAUAGACUACAUUGAGUUUAUUACUGCAACUAUGCAUAGACACAGGCUUGAAAGUGAUGAGAAUCUUUACAAAGCUUUCCAGCAUUUUGACAAAGACAGCAGCGGAUACAUUACAACAGACGAGCUGGAAGUAGCACUGAAAGAAUAUGGAAUGGGAGAUGAUGCAACAAUCAAAGAGGUUCUCUCAGAUGUUGACUCUGAUAACGAUGGUAGAAUCAACUAUGAAGAGUUCUGUGCGAUGAUGAGAAGUGGAAAUCCACAACAGCAACAACCUCGACUGUUCUAGGGGAUAUUCUCAAUGUCGUUCUCAGGUCUUUUUGUUUUUUUUUUCCUGUAAAACCGGAGAUCCACAAGAUCAAGAGGAGAUGAUUUGUAUCUAAUCAAGAAAGUGGGGGAGCUGUAUUGAUAUUUAUCAAGACAAAAAAUACAUAAAGAGGAAGAAACUCAAAACUCUGAUUGCUUGUGUUUUGUACUUUACUUCUGUUUUGUUCUUCUUUUGUGUUUCUGUGCCAAGGCUCUUGUGAUAAGAGAGAAAUAGAGAAAUAUUCUUUAUAAGAGUAUGUAUGAUUUUACAAUGUU